UUUAAGCCAACGUAGUUAUCAGUGUUGGUCGAGUUGUUUUACCCUUCGUGCUGGAGGCAAUAUUCAAGAAGAGGUUCUUGACUAACCUUUUGUAAAUUAACUCUGCCACUGAACUAUUAACGAGCUAGAUUGGACACCACUUUCACAGCCCUCGAGAAGAAUGGGGUUUCGCAUUUCGGCCAUAGCUUUGGGGCUGUGCCCACUGUUCUUGCUCCUUCACUUUACCCCGACAAGAGCAGCAAUACAAUGCUACCAGUUCACCUGGCCAGGUGAAGCCAACGAUACAGACUGCGAUGAUCACAAGAUAGACACCUUGAACGCCCCGAUCCCUUGCAAGUACCCCAUGGUGUUCACAGUUCCACGACAUCUGCCUCCUGACUUAAAUGACCUAAACGACCACUGCUCUAAAACUACUUGCCCCAAGUACAAGUGUAGUGUGGAGAACCAGGUGUGCAUCCAAUGGAGCUGGUAUGACGUUCAAGGUAACAUCUACAACUACACUACCUUCUGCGGCACAGUGGCCGACGCCACAAACAUGGAGUCAAAAGGAGCCGUACCAGUUAACAACGGCUGCUGGGAACAGAGAAUGGGGACCUUCACGAGGAAAGUUUGUGCUUGUGACUCCGAGAACCUUUGCAACGGCUCGUCAUCCUUGAUGUCUUCCCUCUUAUUGGUGACGCUUUUCUUACUCGCAGUGCACUUCCUCAACCGUAACUUCACUUCGUAGCUGCUGAAUAUUAAGUAGUCAUUAUUGCUAAAUAGGUAUAAUAAUAACUAGCAACUUCACCCGUAUAGCAAUUCUCCACUGCUUAGAAAUUUUAAUUAUAGGUCUAACUGAUUAUGCUUUCUAGUCCAGCGUGAGUCCACAUUUAAAUUCAUUCGUCACUAAUUCAUUUGACAUUUACUGUUUUGAUAAAACGCUGUUACUGAUGUUAGGGACUUAUACGGUUAAUGAGUAGUAUUCUCACUAAAUUAUAUAAAAUAUUAUAACUGAACAAAAAAUGAAACCUGAUAAAUACUGGAGACAAACAGCAGUGACACGUAACGGUUGGGAACCCUGACGCCGAAAUGAAGGGGCGUUUCUCUUAUGCUGUGUUCAACUUGAUUUAUACAGCGUGUUCUGUGCAAUUGAUAUGUCCUACAUUGUUUACUCCCAUUUUUAGGGAAGAGAUGGGAAGCUAUAUGCAAUCAGUGAGUGAUUAUAGUCUACGCAAUACAGUUCGUCUUGUAUUUCUCUUUAACUUCGGUCUGUUCUUCCUCCAUUAAUGUUUUCUGUUGAUGUCUUGGUUCCUUUUGCAAUUAGUCUUGUCAGUUAUAUAUUAUAUAAAUAAUUUGAGUGAAAGUAUUUCAGUGUGUGUAUGAAUAUUUUACACACGUGACUACACACAUACACG